GUGAUAGCGGUGAUGGCGUCCGCGGUAGCUGCCGUGUUUGCUUUUGCUCGCAGUUGAACCAUUUCAGUGACAACAAAGUGUCUCAGUUUCGAUGUUACGUUGUUCCCUGCCAGUGCAUCGUUCCCUCCUUUGGUUUAAAUCACUCAGAACAGAAGCUGCUAAGAAGCAUGUGAUUGCCAAAGCUUCGUAACCAAUUUAUAGCUGCCAAAAUGUUCGCGAAUUUCCAGACGACUACGGUGUGGUUUGAAGAUCGCUUGUCGCAGCUGAUUUUACGUGUAAUGGCGAGUGCACGUGUGAUGGCUAAAUAUGGGACCCGGUUUUCUUUUCAGGCGUACGCCGCCCAUCCUCCAGAUCGAGAGAAAACAAACCGACCGCAAGAAUCGGCGUUCCGCAGAACAAUUUGAUUGCAGUGCUAGCGGUUGCCACUUCAUGCAGUGGCUUUUUGUAUGUGUACGGGCGAACUGGUCCUCGACAUGGAACCCUUACUGGUGCUGGUGCCGGAAGAGGACCAGUCCCGGUACCAGUGCCCGCACUGCAGCUACAGCUGCACCAACCGGGCCUACCUCCAGCGCCACAUGCGGGUGCACACGGGAGAGCGCCCGUACCGGUGCGACGUGUGCCCCAGCGCCUUCAAGGACCGCAGCAACCUGAACCGACACCGCCGGUGCCACACUGGCGAGAAGCCCUUCAAGUGCCCCCACUGCUGGCGCCGCUUCAACCAGACGAGCAGCCUGCGCACCCACGUGCUUGGCCAGCACGGCACUUCGCGCUGGCGCGGUAUACUGGGACUUGCCAAGCUUCUGCUCAGCGCUGUCCAAUGGCACAAACAGUUGGCUGGCACCAAAGACAAAUCAAUGCGAGGGGACGAAUACAUGCGAGAGUAUAGAGGAGCUUUAGAUAACGGCGGCACGUGGUACAACCGGCUGGUUAGUGAAACUUGUGAAGAGUCGCUGCGAUUGCCAACACACCGUUCCGACGACCUUCCUUCCGCAGGGUACGGUCCGUUUGACGCGGGGAGCCGGGCGGCGCCGCACGACGAGCGCGGAGACCCGCAAGAAGACGCUGCCGCCACCCACAGCCCGCUCCGGUGUCCUCAGUGCGGCUACCGGAGCGGCAGCCGGAGCUACAUGCGCAUCCACGCCCGCGUCCACACGGGGGAGCGCCCGUUCCGGUGCCAGCUGUGCCCCAGCGCCUUCAAAGACCCGAGCAACCUCAAACGCCACCGGCGCUGCCACACCGGAGAGCGCCCUUUCCUCUGCCCGUACUGUCGCCAGGCGUUCAGCCAGAGCGGGAGUCUCCGCACUCACCUUCUCUACAAGCACGGGGAAGCACCCUGA